CUUAGACACAUAAAAUAUUAGCUAAGACGAUAUUGAACUGUCACCCUAAGAUAUUUGUAUUGAUAAUUAAGGAAUGUUUUAGUCUCACGGUGUCGGUGUUUAGGAUGACAAAGGAAGCCCCCAGUCCACCCAAGUGAAAUGACAACUUACACUAAGAACACUGUUUUGAUUUCAUUUGUGGCGGGAAAAGACUGACUGACAAUAUAUUAUACACAGAUUUCUUGUUUUUCCGCUGAAUUAUCCAACUUCUAUGUAAUAUCAUGGAGUACAGCGGUUCAAACAAGACUGGCGCUGAGUACGAAACUCAGUUUUUCGGGUUUACUCCCAAAUCGUUUGUAGACGGAGGAUCCACAAGGGUCAGUCAGAGGGAAAGGGGGUGGGCCAACGAAGCCUGGAAAAGGACCAGCGACAUGUUUCAUUACAGCUAAUCUCUGCUAUUACAAUCUGUAUAAUCAGAGAGGCUUAUAGCUCUGUUGCUGCCCGUUUCAAAAAGUGUAUAAUGCAGUUAGUGACUACAUCAAGGAUUGCUUUAUGGAGCUGGAAAAUGAACUGAAAAAUGAGCCUUUACUUUGUCAACAAAAUUCUGAAGAAAAAAUUUCAAAGAGCACAGAUGAAAUGUUGUCACUCUUCUACACAAAUCUUGACACACAGUUUGAUCGAUUUGAGGUUUAUAUGAGAAGCAAUAUCUUCGCAAUACCAAAGAAUGUUUUACUACCAGAGGAUAAGGUGCAUGCAGGGAUUAAUUAUAGCAGAGAGGACGGAAAGCUAUUAGAUGAAGAAAUCCAACAAUUACUGCUGAAAAUCAAAGCUGCGAAGUACGUCAACACAGCUUUGAAGCAGGAAGCAAGUGAAUUGGAAGCUAUGGAUGUCUAUAUGUCAGAAUGUGAGAAGCAACCUGAAGCCUUGGAACAAGCCUGUAACAUAGACCUGGGUCUAGCUGAUGUUUUGCCCUUUACCUGUGAUCAGGCAAACGAUCUUUAUGACCAAAUCAAAGCUGCCCUGGACACGAAAGUCUUGCCCAUCCAGGGCCAUAGCGGAGAGAAUGUGGACAAAACCAAGAAAAUCAAACUCGGUUGAAAUGGUUGAUUCAGUUGUGAUCACCUGAUAGCUAGGCUGCAUAGCGCAAGGUGAAACAUUGCUUUCCUGUGGAGAAGGACAAAGAUUAAACUUUAGUUGUCCCGGAUCAGAGACACUUUCAGCCACCAUUUUUGGGGGAUUAAGAGACACGGUUGACGUCACGAUGUAUCACAACUUAUCACUAAUAAGUGUUGGAAAGCAUCCGGUUCCAUCACAGGAAGCCCAAGAUUAUUAUUUACUAUGUAGAGUGAGGCAGAGGUAACCGGUUUUUAAAAUACUUCCCAGAGGUAAUUAAAAUGAUUACUUCUAACAGUUA